AUGGCGAGAAGGAUUCAGAGACGAACAAUAACUACACGUCCAGGCAAAUUCGACCCAGAGGAUGCUCGCCGUGUCAAGCACACCCGCAUCGGCGUAUGGGACCUCUACGAGGAUCGCCAGACUGAUAUUCCACGCAUACCAGGCUCAUCAAGACUGGAGACAUAUGCCCAGAUAGUCCAGAGCAUGCCCCACGUACUGCGCAUUGGAAGUCUUAGCCUCCCUCACACCCGCCAUUUCCUUAUGGUACUCCGGACAACUGCUGCGCCUUGUAAUGCCCUCUUUGUUUCCAUCUGCCCUGCCCACUUAUCUCUCACCCAGGUAGAGACCGCAAUAGAGUCACGGACUGUGGACACAACAGUACUCAUUCAUGUUGCAGUAGGACGCGUUGCCUGCACAGUUGCAACGCGUCUUCUCCAAUACGCCCGAAGCCGCAUCGUCAUUCCCAUAAACAUGUCCAUUAAACAAUUCUAUGCUGGGCACAUAUUCCACUCAAUGGCACGCCUUGACGUGCCCACAUUUGAAGACUCCGCCGUUCAAAGGCAGCUCGAGUCCGCAUGGGCGUCCCCUUGGGGCACUAGCGUAGCUUGGGAAACCGUUCAGAGUUCAACGAACGUUGUAAUGACGCAACAAGAUGGUCCCCUGCUUGCAAUUCUCAGCUUCUCGCAAUCUGUAUUUCAAUGGUACAGCACAAGCAAAGGAGUGUUUGGCUCCUUGGUUUGGGCCGCUACCACGACUAAUGAAGAUUAUGUUCGUAUGCAAGGCCUUAAGCACUUGGUCGAUAACCCUUCACACCGAAAGGAAGUUGUCGCAGGCAACCUCGGCGAAUAUGUCACUGCACAAUUUCGUGAAUCCGCCAAGCGCGUCGGUGACGAUGCGGGCGAGUUCCCAGAGUUGCGUCGAGCCCAUACUAUCAAGGAUCGUUUGAGUAUCGCGUCCAUCCUCCGCGAACCGAUGCGCGAACUACCCCAGAUCGUCUUCACCCUGCGCGCAGUGCAAAAACCAAUGACCAUCCCUCUCUCACAUCUAACUCGUUCAGCGGCCACGCUUUUCUCACUGUUCGGAGAGUCAUUCUCUCUUGCGGAGCAGUUUGCCAACGUACGCAAGCUAUAUGAGAUCGAGAACGUGCAGAAUAAGGUAGUGGAUGGCGCGGAACCGUUUCCCGAGAACCACAGGCUCUCAAGAGUGGUAUUUCUGUUGAGUUCAGGGAUGUUUCGUUCCGAUACCCUGGUGCAGGAGAGUUAUGCUCUCCAGAAUGUUUCGUUCACAAUCGAAGCUGGUCGGCUUUGUGUCAUUGUCGGGGUGAACGGCUCUGGAAAAAGCACAAUCUUAAAACUCAUCUGCCGCAUCUACGACCCGACAGAGGGCACUAUCUUUAUUGAUAACCGUGACAUCAAGACCCUCAGACUAGCGGACCUCCGCGCUGCCAUGUCCAUUCUCUUCCAAGACUACACGCACUUUCCCCUCUCGAUAAGCGAGAAUAUUGGACUUGGAAACCCCGCCCUUGCACACGACUACGACAAGGUCCGCGAAGCCGCCCGUCUGGGCGGCGCAGAACAUUUUAUAGAUAAGCUUCCUGGCGCAUUCGAUACCUACCUCGACCGCCCAGUUAAGGACUACUAUGCGGGCCUUCCUGAAGGCACUACGACGCUAUUUGGUAGAUCGGUCGACUACUCCCGCGUGCGAGGUGUUGGAGGUCUCCGUGCUUCUGAGGCUUCAAGUCUCAGUGGUGGGCAGAUGCAACGACUUGCAGUUUCCCGCACGUUUAUGCGCUCAUUGGUCUCCGAGACAGAGUCUUCCGCAGGCAUGCUGUUAUUCGACGAGCCGAGCGCUUCUUUGGACCCUACGGCCGAACACGAUCUUUUCGAGCGUCUAAGGAAUUUGAGGGGCAACAAGACCAUGAUAUUCUCAUCGCAUCGGUUCGGGAACCUCACCCGACAUGCAGAUCUCAUUUUGUACAUGGACGAAUCUGCCGUCCAGGAAGAAGGCACGCAUGAUGAUUUAUUGAAGAGAGGGGGAGAGUAUGCUCGUAUUUGGAAUUUACAAGCGAGCGCUUUUGUUUAA